AUGUUGCAGCAACAAGGUUCUAUUCUUGUAGUAUUAAUUUAUGUCGAUGACCUUAUUAUCUCGGGGAAUGAUCAUGCUGUCAUUUCAACAUUCAAAACAUAUCUCCACACUUGUUUUCAUAUGAAGGAUUUGGGAACUCUGAAAUAUUUCCUCGGUGUGGAAGUCGCAAGAUCACCCACAGGAAUUCUUCUUUCCCAAAGAAAGUAUGCAUUGGAUAUAGUUUCUGAAGCAGGACUUCUUGGGUGUAAACCUGCACUCACUCCUCUUGAGCAAAACCAUCACUUAGCUCUUGCUAAUGGAAGAAUCAUUGCUCAACCCGACAAGUAUCGACGCUUAGUUGGUCGUCUAAUUUAUUUAUGUUUCACAAGGCCAGAACUUUCUUACUGUGUUCAUAUCUUGUCUCUGUUUAUGCAGCAACCAAAACAAGAACAUUGGGAAGCUGCGUUGCGGGUAGUGCGCUAUCUAAAAGGCAACCCUGGACAAGGCAUUCUGCUGCAGCAUGACAGUCCCCUACAAUUGAAUGGAUGGUGUGAUUCUGAUUGGGCUAGUUGUCCUUUAACACGACGGUCACUCACAGGGUGGUUUAUUCUUCUUGGUCCCUCACCAAUCUCUUGGAAAACCAAGAAGCAACAUACUGUUUCACGAUCUUUCGCUGAAGCUGAGUAUAGGUCUAUGGCUACUAUCACCUGCGAGUUAAAAUGGCUCAAAGGCCUUUUGUGCAGUCUUGGCAUUUCUCAUAAUCAACCAAUGCAAAUUUCUUGUGAUAGCCAGGCUGCAUUACAUAUGGCUAAGAAUCCUGUUUUUCACGAACGGACAAAACAUAUUGAAGUCGAUUGUCAUUUUAUUCGAGAUGAGAUAGUUAAAGAUCAAAUUCGUCCCACAUAUGUGCCUAACAAUACUCAAUUGGCUGACAUUUUAACCAAGGCACUUGGAAGAUCAAAUUCGUCCCACAUAUGUGCCUAA